GUCCUCUAGCGUGGAAGACAACUGUCGGGGUUUGAAAUUCUGACCGGGACAGUACAGUAGCUAUAGAGAAUAUCGGGUUCUGUCGUUUCCUGGGGUGACAGAUGAGAGGGGCGUAGCUGGAGGACGCUGGGACACAGGAGCUGGAGGUUGGAUCGGGGUGAAGCAUCAGAUCCAAUCCCACAGCCAUGCAGCAGGUCCUGGACAACCUGAGCGACCUGCCCACCUCCACAGGGGCCAAGGACAUUGAUCUCAUCUUUCUCCGAGGCAUAAUGGAGAGCCCCAUUGUUCGCUCGCUGGCCAAGGCUCACGAGCGAUUGGAAGAUGUGAAGCUGGAGGCGGUGAGGGACAACAACGUGGAGCUGGUGUCGGAGAUUUUGGAAGACAUCAGUGGGCUGAGCAGCCAGGACGCCAAUGCUGCGGAGCUGGCGAGGAUUCUGAAAGAGCCACACUUCCAGUCCCUGCUGGAGGCUCAUGACAUGGUGGCCUCCAAGUGCUACGAGGCAAAGCCCUCCAGCUCUGAGGUCAGCAACGAUGUCUCAGCGAGCAACGCCCUGAUGCCAUCCGACUCCGUACGGAUGAUAGGCAUCAGGAAGAAGACGGGAGAACCUCUGGGCGUGACGUUCCGCGUGGAGAAGGGCGACCUGGUGAUCGCUCGGAUCCUGCACGGCGGGAUGAUCGACAGGCAGGGCCUGCUGCACGUGGGCGAUGUCAUCAAGGAGGUGAACGGCCAUGACGUGGGCAGCAACCCCAGAGAGCUGCAGGAGAUGCUGAAAGACUGCAGCGAAGGCAUCACUCUCAAGAUCCUGCCCAGCUACAGGGAAGCAGCAGCACCAGCACAGGUUUAUUUGAAGCCGCACUUCAACUACAAUCCAGCAACGGACAAUCUGAUCCCCUGCAAGGAAGCAGGAUUGCCUUUUUCCAAGGGGGACAUCCUUCGGAUUGUCAAUAAGGAGGAUCCCAACUGGUGGCAGGCAUGCCAUGUAGUGGGUGGAAAAACGGGACUGAUACCAAGCCAGUUUCUGGAAGAGAAAAGGAAAGCCUUUGUCCGGAGGGACUGGGAUGGGUCAGGAAUGUUGUGUGGGACAAUCAGUGGGAAGAAGAAGAAGAAAAUGAUGUACCUGACAGCCAAGAAUGCAGAGUUUGACCGCCACGAGCUGCAGAUUUACGAGGAGGUGGCGAAGAUGCCCCCGUUCCAGAGGAAGACCCUGGUUCUGAUCGGAGCGCAGGGAGUGGGCCGCCGCAGCCUAAAGAACCGACUGAUUGUGCUCAACCCGACGCUGUUCGGCACCACCGUCCCAUUCACCUCCAGGAGCCCUCGCGAGGAGGAGAGGGACGGCCAGUCCUACUGCUUCGUCACGCGGACGGAGAUGGAGGGCGACAUCAAAGCCGGCCGCUACCUGGAGCACGGCGAGUAUGACGGCAACCUUUACGGCACCAAAAUCGACUCCAUCCACGAGGUGGUGAACACUGGCCGGACCUGCAUAUUGGACGUCAACCCGCAGGCCCUGAAGGUGCUGAAGACAUCUGAGUUCAUGCCAUAUGUGGUGUUCAUCGCGGCUCCAGAACUGGACACCUUGCGGGCAAUGCACAAGGCCGUCGUCGAUGCAGGAAUCACCACCAAACUGCUCACGGACACGGAUCUGAAGAAGACUGUAGACGAGAGCGCGAGGAUCCAGAGGGCCUACAGCCACUACUUCGACCUCACCAUCGUGAACAACAACCUAGACAAGGCCUUCGAGGAGCUGCAGGCCGCCGUGAACCGGCUCUGCACAGAGCCGCAGUGGGUCCCGGUCAGCUGGGUGUACUGAGCACCGGCGCCGCCAUCGGACCAACUCCCGACCGGACCCGGUCGCAGCAGGCACGCGAGUGUCACUGGGCCCCACGGACCUCACCUGGCACGACGCCCAGACCACGCCCAGCUGAACUAACUGCGCCCCAUCCCAGAACCCUCUGCACACAACGCUACUUUUUCUACGCAAAACUGAAGGGAAGUGUACUUACUUAUUUAAAUUUUUAUAACUUUUUACGGAACAACUUUUUAUUCAUAUCUACUUGGAGAUGAAACAAUAUCAAGCAGAAAUGGAGAGCACAUUUAGUUUGAUUUGCUUUUUUUGUAUUUGCAGUUGUACCAAACAGAUGCUGUAUUUUGAUCUUAAUACAAGAGAAAGACUACUCAAAACUAUUUAUUUGAUAAAGGAAAAGAGUGCGUGGCUUUUCUAAGCACUACAGCAUUUUAGAGUUCAUGGGGCUUUGUCUCUAACGAGAACUGUUUACAAUACAUGGGUAACUACAAUGCUGCAGUCUCUAAUCCCUGGCGUGUGUAUCCUGUUAAUUGUUCUUCAUCUUUGUUUCAUCCUCAUCCUCUUGAAAGAAUCUCACUAAAUUCAUGUGGUCCCACUCCAUCCCUGGCUGUAACUUACACCUCUCAUUUAGAAUGUACAUUAAACAAAAAAGUAAACGGCAGACAGACUGACAGAAGAGCAACCGAAGUUCAGGAACAUGUUCAUAAUUAGUCCCGAUUUUGUCAGAAAGUUUGUCUUUUAAAUUUGUUUUUGGGCAGGACUGAUAUCUUUCUUUGUGGCAUAACUAAAUGAAAGGGCUUUGCUUGGAUCAUACUCUGGCAUUUGUGGUCUUUGUUGAUGCUCCUUCUCAAAAGGUCCUUGUCUCCGCUGUGCUCUGCAGUCGUUUGUAUAUCUUCCGUCUGUUUUUCUGUUCUUCGUAGUGUUGUAUCCUGUUUCCGUUUGUGUAGCAGAGGCAUGAAGUCACCCACAAUCCUCUGGGGUGCCGAGUCAGAGGAGCCCCGCUCCUUGUUGUUGUCAUCCCGUUAAAUGUGUCAUUACUAAAUGUUUUUAC